AUGAAUAUCUAUGACCAAUUUCCUGCAUUGCCAUCCAUCCUACAGGACACACCUGGUGACGAUCUUCAGGACGAACAUCAAAAUGCACGUAGGGCGUAUCAGAUUCUGAGUCCGGCGUUUAAACAAGCCGCUGAGUGGCUGAAAAUGAGAGUAGAUCCUGCACAGUGUUUCGCACAUUUUAUGGUGGCCGAAUCAGAAAUGACAUCUGAUUCCAGGACGCAGGACGAACCUGCGAUUGGCGCGUCACAUGUGACGAAGCGUUUGAGUCAGUUGAGAGACGAGGCGAGGAGUGACAGGCACUUUCCUUUUGCACUCAUCGCGCCGUCGACAGUGCGUCAUGAUGAUGGAAGUAGCGUCACGUUUAGUGGCGAUUUGCACGUCGUAACGGCGGUCUGGCGUCGCUAUUUUCAUGUAGUAGGGACCAAUUAUUUUUCAGGACGAGUAGCUCCAUCUCUCAGUCCUGGACAAGUUGAAGUGUUUGGAGUGAUCCAUGUGGAUGCUGGAGGACACAUGGGCAGGACCAGGUCCGAGUCGGACGCAAAUGCCGCUGAAAUGGUUUUCGAUGUGCGUGAACGAUGGAGACGCAGCAAACGACAACGACAGGUGAACGUGGCGCUUAACUCGAGUGACUUUUACGGCCGCGAAUACGUGGGAUUCGGGCGACUGCAGGUACAACAGGCGGUGGUCAAGUUGAAGCAGGACGAGGAGAAGAACGUAGAGGCAAAUUCUCUGCAACAUCCGUGCUUCUCAAGAGGGCACGUGCCAGUGGUAGAUGGCGUAAACAUGACGUUGGAAGGAUCUGGAAACGCCAACGAGUGUAUGGUUCUACUCCGGUCGCAUAUUGCCGCCAGCAAUGUUAACUGCCCACCAGGAAACUUUUGCUUUUUGGGUAGUGCACCACAGCCGCAAGGGUUCGGAUCUUUUUACGCUUCUGGAGUGCUGAGACAAGCAGUGCUUAGUGCAAGUCGUGUGUUGAAACAUGUGAGCAACAAGCAGGAUAGGACAGAUGUGAAUGAGCUGCAGCUGCCGGCCCCAUCGCUCCUGACGCUCCGAAAUGCUGCCAAGAAUCUGUGUGCGUUACCAUACACUGACGUAGAAGCUGGGACAGCACUCCUGUCGGCAUCAGAUACGACGACUGUAGCUUCCGUUAUGGAGAGGAAGAUCGAGCCGCCCAGUGCUCUAUGCUUUGAUCUGUGCUACACAGUUGUUCUGCUUGAGAAGAUUGGUGUCCAGGAGAAUGAUGAGCGCGUACACUUUGUUGACCGCUUUGAAAAGGAGCCUGUUUCGUCAGAGCAUGGGUCUAUGGCGACUAUAGAGCACGGCAGUCCGUCAGAACUGGUAGCAUGGCUCACAGGUGCCUUCUUGUACCUCGAAGCGCUUCAACGCAAGGUGGCAUUCUCUAUGGAGUCGGAGCUAUUAGCUGAGCAGCUCAGCGCAGGACUGCCUCUCGGCUGGAACAUGACCUUGCUGGUAUUCGUAGCAGCAUGCGUCUAUUUAUACCUUGUGACUGGCCCCGUAGCUGUCUCGGGACGAGUUCGUCGGGGUUCCAGCGGCUACGUUCGUGUCGUGAAUGGCGGUACCAAGACAAAGUACAAGGACACGACACAGUCGAUACAAUUUGUCGACGACGCUCGAGAUUGA